AUGCUGUUAAAGUUAUUUGGAGUGCUACUGUCGACUGUCAGCUUGUUCGCCAUUGCCGUUGUGACAAACUCCACCUUCCUCAUCCCACUGACAAACGCAAAUGCAACCCAAAGCGAGACAUGGCAAACCCAUAACGCAAGUCUGGCCAUAGACAAUGAUGUAACGACGUGGUCGGUGGCCGCUUCACAGGCCACUCCAGGAGCCAUCGGUUGGUGGAAGGUGGACCUCGGCCAAACCUAUGACGUCAGUGAUGUGGCUAUAACAAGCAGUUUAGAUUUUUAUAACUCAAUGUAUCUUCAGGCCUUUGCAAUUAACGUGACAACAGAAGCAGGGUUAGAUACAUUGUGCUACUUAUACAAUAGUACCAUCAGCAUACCAGUUGGUUCUACUUUUUUAUUAACAUGCUCCCAAGGGCCAGUUACCGGCAGGUAUGUGGAGGUAUGGAGGCUGCCAGGUAGCACAUUUAGACAAGAUGGAUUGGCCAUCGCUGAAAUUAACAUAUACGCGAGUAACAUUAGAUCAGGUGGAGUCUCGAAUUAUGAAGCAGAGAAAUUGGUUUAUGGAGCCGAUCUUAGUUAUGAAGUGUCUCUGGCCAACCAUCCAGCAUACCAGAGCAGAACCUGGGGGUUGGAGGGCCCUGAAAAAGCCAUCGAUAAUAACGUUACGACAUUCUCCGUGGCUUGCAUCACGUGCAACGAAACGCUGACGUCAGAGCCAGGCUGGUGGAUGGUUGAUCUUCUGAAUGAGACUGCUGUGGCCGGAGUUGUCAUCCUCGCUAGCUCCGAUCCAUACAGUUUAGUUUCUAUAACCACUUGGCUUGAAUAA